AUGGCCAGGUUAAAGACACAUAUUGUUAAGACCACAGAAGAGGAAAAUGGCCAGAUUAAAGACACAUAUUGUUCAGACCAGAGAAGAGGCAAUAAGUUAGCAGCACCCAUUGCUACAUAUGGUUCAGACCAGAGAAGAAGCAAUCAGUUAGCCACGCCCACUGCUACAUAUGGCAAUCGUUUAGCAGCACCCACUGCUACGUAUGGUUCAGACCAGAGAAGAGGCAAUAAGUUAGCCGCACCCACUGCUACAUAUGGUUCAGACCAGAGAAGAGGCAAUCAGUUAGCAGCACCCACUGCUACGUAUGGUUCAGACCAGAGAAGAGGCAAUAAGUUAGCCGCACCCACUGCUACAUAUGGUUCAGACCAGAGAAGAGGCAAUCAGUUAGCAGCACCCACUGCUACGUAUGGUUCAGACCAGAGAAGAGGCAAUAAGUUAGCCGCACCCACUGCUACAUAUGGUUCAGACCAGAGAAGAGGCAAUCAGUUAGCAGAACCCACUGCUACGUAUGGUUCACACCAGAGAAGAGGUAAUCAGUUAGCAGAACCCAUUGCCUAA